UUCACCUGUAGAAUAUAUAUAUUUUUUUUUUUCCCCUAACAAAAACAAAAACUUCCGCUUGUCAAACUUGCCCACUUCCGGCGCAAGACGUGUGGCAACUUUUGCUUUCAUUGUCGACUACAGAGAUGCAAAGAACAGUGCUACCCCCCGUCGGGCCCACAGACCUGCCCCUCUCCCUCCUGGAGAUGGGCUGCUCCGGGCGGUUCGAGCUCAUCACCCACCCGCUCCCAGGAGACCAGCCGCUGCCUCCACAGAGCACGCUCCCAUGUGGCCUCCCUCCCACCAGCGUAGACUUGAAGACAGAAGUAAAGAGACAAUUUCUGUCCGACCCCGCCUGGCUGCCCCUCCACGACAUAGACGCUGCCUUCCACAGGUUCCUCAAGGUGUCCCACAGGGACGUGCAGGUGGAUAAGCUGCUGCAGUGCUCCCCCUCACCGCUCCACUCCGGUCUGUCGGUGGUCCGAGACCCCACCACUGGCCUGCUGCUGGACUUCACAGAGGUGCUGCUGGAGGACACGGGCCUGUCUGCCAAGAACUCCCUGUCCUUCCAGCGCCAGCCUGGCCCCCCCGCAGAGAGCCUGCGUGGCAGCAACACCAACUUCCCCUUCCUGCCGGGAGGCAUGGAGGAGCUCAGCCUGGAGCAGAUCCAGAAGAGGACGGCGCUGGAGGAGGACAUCGACUUUGAGAGCGGUCUCCUGCAGGUCCCCCCUGGACUCAAAACAGGGAUGGACUUCAGCGGCAAAGACGCCACCUUGGCCAAGCCAGAGGUGAACCUCAUGACGCUGCUGUCUUCCUUUGAUGACAUCAUGACUCUGGAGCCAGAGGUGGUGGAGCAGGAAGUGGGCGGAGGUAUGGCGGAGAAGGCCAAGCUGCCCCGCACCAACAGCCUGGAAGACCUGGGCAUCAAGGACACGGGCCCGCCCGCUGCAGCCUCGGUGAAGGGGGUGGAGGCCAAGGCUAAACCACCGGGGGAGCCAGAGAGCACCAAGAAAUGGGCCAUCCCCGUCGACAUCUCCUCCCCCUGCCUGGACUUCUACAAACGCAUCCCCAACCCCGCCUUCAAGUGGCCCUUCGAGCCGGACGUCUUCCAGAAGCAGGCCAUCCUGCGGCUGGAGGCCCACGAGUCUGUGUUCGUAGCGGCACACACCUCCGCCGGGAAGACGGUGGUGGCCGAGUACGCCAUCGCCCUCUCCCAGAAACACAUGACCAGGACGAUCUACACCUCCCCCAUCAAGGCCCUGUCCAACCAGAAGUUCCGAGACUUCAAGAACACGUUCGCAGACGUGGGGCUGUUGACGGGCGACGUCCAGAUCAGCCCCGAGUCCUCCUGUCUCAUCAUGACCACCGAGAUCCUCAGGUCCAUGCUGUACAACGGCUCAGAGGUCAUCCGGGACCUGGAGUGGGUGAUCUUCGACGAGGUCCACUACAUCAACGACACCGAGAGGGGCGUGGUGUGGGAGGAGGUGCUGAUCAUGCUGCCGGACCACGUUAGCAUCAUCCUGCUGAGCGCCACCGUGCCCAACGCCCUGGAGUUCAGCGAGUGGAUCGGCCGCAUCAAGAAGAAGCACAUCUACGUGAUCAGCACGGCCAAGAGGCCGGUGCCGCUGGAGCACUUCCUGUACACGGGGAACAGCAGCAAGACGCAGAAGGAGCUCUUCCUGCUGCUCGACCCCACCGGGAACUUCCUCACCAAAGGGUACUACGCGGCGGUAGAGGCCAAGAAGGAACGCACAAGCAAACACGCCCAGUCGUUCGGCACCAAGAACGCGUCCCAGUCCACGACAGCCAAUCAGGACAAGGCGCAGUGGCUCUCCCUGCUCCACUUCCUGACGUCGCGGCAGCAGACGCCCGUGGUGGCGUUCACCUUCUCGCGGACGCGCUGCGACGACAACGCGCGCUCGCUGGCCUCCAUGGACAUGACCAGCUCGGUGGAGAAGGCCGAGAUCCACUCCUUCUUCACCAAGAGCAUCAGCCGGCUCCGGGGCGCCGACCGCAACCUGCCCCAGAUCCUGCUGAUGAGGGACCUGCUGAAGCGCGGCGUGGCGGUCCACCACAGCGGCAUCCUGCCCAUCCUGAAGGAGGUGAUCGAGAUGCUGUUCUCGCGCGGCCUGGUGAAGGUGCUGUUCGCCACCGAGACCUUCGCCAUGGGCGUCAACAUGCCCGCCCGCACGGUGGUGUUCGACAGCAUCCGGAAACACGACGGCACCGGCUUCAGGAACCUGCUGCCCGGAGAGUACAUCCAGAUGGCGGGCCGCGCCGGUAGGAGGGGCCUCGACGCCACGGGAACCGUCAUCAUCCUGUGUAAGAAGGGCGUGCACGACAUGGCGGACCUCCACGUCAUGAUGCUGGGUAAGCCCACGGUGCUGCAGUCCCAGUUCAGGCUGACCUACACCAUGAUCCUCAACCUGCUCAGGGUGGAGGCGCUCAGGGUCACGGACAUGAUGAGGAGGAGCUUCUCCGAGAACCACCGAGACACCCAGGCCCAGGAGAAGAGGAUCAGGGAGCUGAAGGAGGUGGUGUCCACUCUGCCUCCUCUGGAGACGGGAGGACAGCUGUCAGACCUGGUGCCCUACUACCACAUCGUCACCGAGCUACGGCUCACUGCCAGUGUCCUACAGCGGGCUACCCUGGAGUCGGUCAGUGGUCUGAAGGCCCUGUCUACGGGCAGAGUCAUCGUCGUCAACAGCAACCAGCAUCCCAACGCCCUCGGAGUCAUCCUGCAGGUGUCCAGUGACUCUGUGAACCGGACCUUCACGGCUCUGAUCAUCUGUGAGAAGGGGAACGAGGAAGAGGAGGGCAGCUCCUCCAACCGGGCUCCUCCUCCCGUCCACACCUCCGCCCUCUUCGUCCCAGAAGGGCCCUGCAGUCACACGGUCCAGAAGUUGAAGCCCACGGAGAUCUCUGGCAUCACGGUGAAGACCCUGAAGGUGAUCCCCGACCGCGUCAUCGACGACUACAGCAAGAGGCAGCAGCCGCGCUUCAGGCACGACCCCCCCGGGCAGGCCAUCUCCACGGCGACGCAAGAGCUCCUGCGAUUGGCCGAGGCCAACCCGGGCGGGCUGGCGACCCUGGACCCCGUGAACGACCUCCAGCUGAAGAGCGUGGAGGUGGUGGAGGCGUCCAUGAGGCUGCGGGCGCUCAACGACGGCCUCAAGGACUUCAACUGCACCAACUCCCCAACCUUCACCGAGCAGUUUGCUCGUGUGCAGGAGAGGUUCGGUGUGCAGGAAGAGCUGGACAAACUGCUCUUCCUGGUUUCCGACCAAUCGCUGUCCCUGCUACCCGAGUACCACCAGAGGAUCAAGGUAUUUGGCAACCCUAGACAGACCCCAUUUCAGUCAGCUCAGGUCCAUUCGGUUGAACAUUUCGUUUCCCUUUCCUUUCUGGUCCCGUUAACAUGGCUGUUAACAUCCUGUCCUGUCCUCUAGUCUCCUCCCCUGCUCAAUCCGCUGGUGGUCGAGGAGCAGUUGUUGUGGGUGAGUAAUGAAGCCGCGGAGGUCAACACGUUUCGCAUCCCCCUGCUCACCUUCACGCCGAAGGGGAGCCUGCUGGCCUUCUGCGAGGCCAGGAAGUUCUCCUACAGAGACAUGGAAGCCAAGUUCUUUGCCGUGCGGAGAUCCGUAGACAAGGGCUCCACCUGGUCCCCCAUGUCCUUCAUCCUGGACGACGGCCCGACGGUGGACGGUCUGAACCUCGGCGUGGUGGUGGUGGACGAGAAGGCCCAGUCGGUCAUACUGGUGUACACCGUCUGCUUCCACCACUACAAGUGCAGCCUGUCCAGCGUGAUGAUGGUGGAGAGCCUGGACGACGGCCUCUCCUGGAGCCGGCCCCGCAACCUCUCCGAGCAGCUCGGGGUGAAGAGCUUCGCCCCUGGGCCCGGGUUCGGUAUCCAGAAGCGCCACGCCCCUCACCAGGGCCGGCUGGUGGUGUGCGGACACGGGACCCUGGAGGGCGACGGGGUCUUCUGCAUCCUGAGCGACGACCACGGGAAGACCUGGCGCAACGGCGCCGCGCUGAAGAGCGUCCCCUACAACCAGCCCAAGCAAGCGCUGGACUUCAACCCCGACGAGUGCCAGCCCGUGGAGCUGAGCGACGGCAGCAUCCUGGUGAACGUGAGGAACCAGAACAAAUACCACUGCAGCUGUCGCAUGGUGGUCCGCAGCCUGGACGGGGGGGAGACCCUGCCCGUGGAGGAGCUCUUCUUCGACAAGAACCUCAUCGACCCCACGGUGGCGGCGGGCAUGCUGGAGAAAGAGGGGAGGGUGUACUUCACCAACCCGGCCCACCCUGAGAAGAGGGUGAACUUCACCCUGCGAUGGUCGCUGACCAACGGCAAAUCCUGGGAGAAGGAGAUGCUCCAGCUAUGGCCGGGACCCAGCGGCUACUCCUGCAUGACCACGCUGAACAGCAACGCGACCGAGGACAGGAAGUUCAUCUUUAUCCUCUACGAGCGAGGUCAACGAGACUCUGUGGAGACUGUGGUGUUCGCCAAGGUUCACAUCUACGGGGGUCUCUAGGGGGUUCAGAGGCAGGGAGGAUAUCCAUGGACAGUAAGGGAGGGUCGUGAGGGCACGUUGUUGUUUAGGAUUCAGUGAGAUUCUUUUUAAUGGGGGUCAGUUGUCGCACAUCUCGCGAUCCAAGCCCUUGUCCUGGACCCAAAAAUAAAAAUA